AUGAUAAACCUGCCAUCAAAAGACGAGGGCGAUAUUUUUGCUCUCAAUUUGGCGGCUGGGGCAGGAGACGCAAAGAGAGUUCGAAAAAUCCUACAAAAGCACCCUAGCACUGGAUCUUCUAGAGAUCGGUUAGGAAGAACUGCAGUCCAUUGUGCAGUGGAAAAUGCGAAAACAUCUGUUGUGAAACAGCUUGUUGAGCAAUUCCAUAUUGAUGUCAAUCUCAGUGAUAAUUUUGGCCGAACGCCAUUACAUUGGGCCUCAGAGAAAGGCCACCAGGACAUUAUGCUGUUGUUAAUCAAUAAUGGUGCCGAUGUUGAUGCUCAAGAUUCUUCGAGUCAAACGCCCUUGUCUCGAGCAGCAUGGCGAGGACGGCAGGAAUGUGUGUCGCUGCUGUUAAGCCAGAAAGCCAGGUCUGAUAUUCCAGACCAGAAUAGACAAGCACCUCUUCACCUAGCGGCUAAGGGUGGCCAUAGAGAUACGGCAAGAACUAUGCUGAAGCAUUUGGUUAUGACCAACACCAUUGGGAAUCACAUUUUCCGCACCUUGGAGCAAGUCAAAGGAUGGAAAAACGACUUUGCUGAUAUCGGCCGUGACAUUGACCUGUUGGUCUGGGCAGCUCUAAACGGAAUUGAGAGUAUGGCCAAUCGCCUCCUUGAAAAUCGUGUAAAUCCCGAACUAUAUUCAUCAGUCUGUGGGAUGACUGCAGUUCAGGCCGCAGCCGGGGCCGGUCAUACUGAGAUAGUGGAACUACUUUUUAGCAAAGGAGCUGAUAUCAACGCUCCACCUGCCGAUAAUCAUGGCUGUACAGCUCUCCAGGCCGCAGCCGAGGCUGGCUAUACUGAGAUAGUGGAACUACUUCUUAGCAAAGGAGCUGAUAUCAACGCUCCACCUGCCGAUUAUCAUGGCCGUACAGCUCUCCAGGCCGCAGCCGGGGCUGGUCAUACUGAGAUAGUAAAACUACUUCUUAGCAAAGGAGCUAAUAUCAAUACUCUCCCUACCGAUAAUAAUGGCCGUACAGCUCUCCAGGCCGCAGCCGGGGCUGGUCAUACUGAGAUAGUAAAACUACUUCUUAGCAAAGGAGCUAGUAUUAACGCUCCACCUGCCUAUCAUUAUGGCCGUACAGCUCUCCAAGCCGCAGCCGAGGCUGGUUAUACUGAGAUAGUAAAACUACUUCUUAGCAAAGGAGCUAAUAUCGAUGCUCUCCCUGCCGAUGAUGAUGGCUGUUCAGCUAUCCAGGCCGCAGGAAGAGCCGGUCAUAUUGAUAUUGUGAAGCUGCUUAUUGCACCAAAUGCACAACUCUCCACGCAGUAG